GACCCAUCCGGAUACUAACUUGGCUGCCCGCGGAUGAACCGGUCCGAGCUUUGUUCUUUAGAGGCAGACAUUCUAUCGAGCGCCUUUCCCAGUUUCCCUGUGACACUCUGAUUUUUUUUUAAGUAUAUGGUUAAACCGUUUGUAAUCUUUUCUCUGUCACUGCGCAGGCAGCUUUGUUCAGGCUACUUCUACUUUCAGUGCUAGCGGCUUUGCCAUUGUUCCCCAGUGUUAUUGGGAUUCUUCCCCCCACCGAUCAGAUUUUCGUUUGACCAAGAUAGGCGGCUCGGGUACCAAGAUGUCGAACCGAAUGGUGUGCAGAGAAGCAAGUCACGCCGGCAGCUGGUACACCGCCUCAGGAUCCCAGCUGAAUGCACAGCUGGAAGGCUGGUUAUCUCAAGCACAGUCCACAGCAGGACCCGCUAGAGCCAUUAUAGCACCUCAUGCCGGUUACACCUAUUGCGGUGCUUGUGCAGCACAUGCCUACAAGCAAGUGGACCCCUCUAUUACCCGGAGGGUGUUCAUUCUUGGACCCUCACACCAUGUGCCCCUGUCUCGAUGCGCUCUCUCUCCUGCUGAGGUCUACAGAACACCACUGUAUGACCUGAGGAUUGACCAGAAGGUUUAUGCUGACCUGUGGAAAACUGGCAUGUUUGAGAGAAUGACUUUGCAAACAGAUGAGGAUGAGCACAGCAUUGAGAUGCACCUGCCUUACACUGCCAAAGCCAUGGAGAGCUAUAAAGACGAGUUCAGCAUUGUUCCUGUGCUGGUGGGAGCUCUAAGUGAGUCUAAAGAACAGGAGUAUGGCAAGCUGCUCAGCAAAUACUUGGCUGAUCCUUCCAACCUAUUUAUCAUCUCAUCAGACUUCUGCCACUGGGGUCAACGAUUCCGCUACACCUACUAUGAUGAAAAUCAAGGCGAGAUCUAUAGAUCUAUUGAACAUCUUGACAAGAUGGGUAUGGGAAUUAUAGAACAGUUGGACCCCAUCUCCUUUAGUAACUACUUGAAGAAAUAUCACAAUACUAUUUGUGGUCGCCACCCAAUUGGUGUUCUUUUGAAUGCUGUGGCAGAGCUGAAGAAGAAUGGGCUGGACAUGAACUUUUCUUUUCUAAACUAUGCUCAGUCCAGUCAGUGCCGAAACUGGUCGGACAGCUCAGUGAGUUAUGCUGCUGGAGCUCUUGUUGUUCAUUGAGGUGAAUUCUCCCAGGAGCCAGUUCCAGGGCUCCUUUGAAGACCCCCAGAAAAAAAGACCCCCCUCCCACACUAUUCUAGAAAGCCCCCCAGCCUAGUACCUUUCUUCUUUCUGACAUCUGCUCCUUUUUCCUUUUCUAGAAGGAUGGACCUUAUAUUUACAGAGAUGAGCUGUAAAGCGGUAGAUACUAACCCCCAUUUUCCAACAUUGCUGUUCUUUUCUUCUUACUCGCCUGUCUUACAACUGAGACAACAUGGUUGAUGCUAUAGCUUUGAAGUGUUGUUGCAGCUCAAGCUGCAGUGGAGUGGAAGAAGGGUGUGUGUUUGUUUGUU